AUGCAGUAUAUUAUGAUCGGUAAACGGAUCAUUGAUGUAACGUUACCGUUAUGUGUAUCAGCGAAAUUCACUGCAAAAAGACGUUUUGCUUCUAAAAUGUUUAAAGAGAAGUAUGCGAAAGUACGACCGUUCAAAACACCAACGACGAUUGCAAUGGAUAAUUUCGAUUUCUAUUACGGGCCUGUAUACGGUAAUGACUGGCCGUCCAUACGUUUAGGAUUGCUUACACCGAAUAAAUAUUUUGCUGUGUUAAAUAAAUUUGCGAGAAAUCGAGAGGAAAAUGAGGCAUUAUUAAAAGAUCUCGGUGCAUUUAAUGUCCUCGAAAAAAUCCAACGACAGAUUGUCAAGAAAAAUAAUACACAUGAAGAAUAUGAGGAACCGGUACUUUCAGGUGAUACAUCGGAAGCUAAAGAUUCGAUAAAUGUACAAAAGAUACAGAUUCAAAGUGAAUUGGAUUCUGCAUAUAUGCGUGGUGAAGGAGGACUGGGAUAUUUUCGACAAUCUGGUGAAAUUACCUCAUUAGAGGAACGGACUCGCCUUAAAACUCAAUCAUCGAAAGAUGUAAAUAUCAAGAAAAUUAAUAUCACUGGUUUCGAAGGACAGUACGUUGAGUUGCCUACAAAAAGUCAUACAUUAACAUAUCCAGCUGAACUAGCAAUAUAUUCUUUUCCAAAAGGCGAUUUAUCCGAUUAUCCAUCCCCUCCGAAAGAUGAGGUUGGAACUCCAGGUUGGUGGCUUCUUGAUGGUGGGUCAAUUGCACCUGUCCUAGCUUUAGGUUUAACCGAAGAGUCAAACAUUUUAGACAUGUGUGCUGCACCAGGUGGAAAGAGCCUGCUAAUCGUACAGACUGGUUUGAUGACAAAGUUAACAUGCAACGAUAAUAAGCAAAGUCGCCUGGGUAAUCUGCAUCGAGCGUUGGGACAAUAUAUACCGGUAAACUCAGAAGUUGCUGAUCGGAUAAUAUUGAAAAGGAAAGAUGCAUCAGUAUUAGAUGGUUGGGAUGAAUGCAGCUCUUACGAUAGGAUUCUCGUGGAUGUGCCAUGCACUUCGGAUCGUCUUUCGGUGAACAGAGAUGAUGGUAAUUUAUACUCCACUCAGCUGACUGAGCAGCGUUUGAAUUUACCACAAGUACAAACACGAAUGCUUGUCAAUGCAUUACGAUCUGUUCAUGUCGGUGGUUCUGUUGUCUACUCAACAUGCGCCCUGUCUCCAGUGCAAAAUGAUGGAGUUAUUGAAAAUGGUGUAGCAAUAGCAGAUGAAUAUUUCGGAAUAAAGGCGGUGGAAUUGUCGUUGUCACAAAUGGUAUCACAUUUCAAAAACAUCUAUCGAUUCAGUGAUAAACCUCGUAGGGGCUUACUUAUACUUCCUUUUUUACCUUCUAAUUGCGGUCCAAUGUAUGUUUGUAAGUUGCAAAGGAUUCAAUAA